AUGGCUGCUCUACAGUACCUUGAAUCGCAGAAAAAUGCGCAUCCAGAGCUUGCCGAGUGGUUCAAUUCACUCGCAGAUCUGUACCAGAAGAAGCUAUGGCAUCAACUUACCCUCAAGCUCGAGCAAUUCAUCGCUCUCUCCGUCUUCCAGGCUGGAGAUGGUUUAAUUCAGUUUUACAACAAUUUCAUAACUGAUUUUGAGACGAAGAUCAAUCUUCUCAAGCUUGCGCAUUUCGCGGUUGUAGUGUCACGACAGUACCCUGAGAAAGAAGCUGCGGUUAGUUAUCUUCAAGGAGUGAUUGAAAAGCUUAGAGCUACUAAAGAGUCACGGAUAAACGAGCCGAUUAGCUAUAUUGAAACACAAAUAGCUUUGUUCAAGCUUGAGCAUGGUGACCAGAAGGAGUGCAAGAAGAUCUUGGACGAUGUGAAAAGCUCUCUUGAUAGUAUGACUGACAUUGAUCCUUCAGUCUAUGCCAACUUCUUUUGGGUGUCUUCUCAGUACCAUAAAUUCCGUCAAGAGUUUUCGGAUUUCUAUAAAAGUGCUCUUCUUUACCUCGCUUAUACAUCUGUGGAGUCACUCUCGGAAUCGUUUAAGCUGGACUUGGCUUUUGAUCUGUCGCUUUCAGCUCUACUCGGGGAUAAUAUCUAUAACUUUGGGGAACUGUUAGCCCAUCCAAUUUUGAAAAGUCUGCUUGGAACAAAUGUGGAAUGGCUUUACCACAUUCUACAGGCAUUCAACCACGGCGAUUUAGUUCAGUAUCAAGAACUCUGCCGUGUGCACAACGCAUCCUUGAGCGCCCAACCGGCACUGGUUGAGAACGAGAAGAAACUAUUAGAGAAGAUCAACAUCCUCUGCCUUAUCGAAAUCAUCUUCAGCCGACCUGCNGAAGAUAGGACCAUACCUUUGAGUAUCAUUGCCGAACGUACUAAACUUUCAAUCGGAGAUGUUGAGCACCUCCUCAUGAAAAGCUUAUCCGUGCACUUGAUAGAAGGAAUAAUAGAUCAGGUGGAUGGGACGGUACAUGUCUCAUGGGCGCAACCGAGGGUUCUUGGGAUUCCGCAGAUCAAGUCAUUGAGGGAUCAGCUAGACAGUUGGGUCGAUAAGUUUGCGCCUGUGAGAGAUACUCGUGAGAAGCAGAUACAAUUAUGGAAAGAGCUUAUUUUGGAUUACUGCAAAACUCACAAAGUUUUCUUGAUUGGUGUUGAAGAAGAUUUUCCUCUCUUCUCAAACUCUGCUAUUGAUAGAUCUUUAAGUCAUGAAGCAAGGGAAACGUUCCUCUCAGCGAUUGUUGGAGAAGGGCGUGCGGAGUGGUUAGAUAAAGGGCAUAGGAAAUGUCUGAUUCUGUGGCAUCGGAUUCAAGAUUGGGCAGACAUUAUUCUUCAGUUUGUGCGAGAUAAUGGAUUAGAGGACAGUGUUAUGACUGUUGAAGAAAUACGUUCCGGGACAGAAUCACACGGAACAGAACUUCAAGGGAUUGAUCGAACGAUUCUAAUGAGGGCCUUAAAGCUACUAGAGAACAAGGGCAAGCUUGCAUUGUUCAAAGGAACAUCAGCAGAUGACGAAGGCGUCAAGUUCUCUGUCUGA